AGGGGACCCUGAGAGCUGUCACUCUGUGGGAGGAACAACACCCUCCUGAUCAGGGAGUUUCUUUAAUUCCUCACAGACUAGGCAGGCAAAUCCCAGAUUAACCUGGCAGGGUGGGAAGAGGAUUAGAAAGGCAGUUCCAGAACACAACAGAGGGCACCGUGGGCUUCAGUGAGGGUGUGCCCCUCUCACAACCCGAAGGGCAGGGAAAGGGGAGAAAGCUUCCAAGCUCUGCCCCCAGCACACAAAGCAAAAGGCCAGCAGCAGCCCUGGGACAUGACAUGUGUGUCCAGAUAGACAAGAAAGGGAGAUGAUAGCCUGAGGAAGACGCGGAGCUUAGGAAGGGCCAGAGCGUGCCUGUGUGCACGUGCCUGUGACCUGCUCAGGGGGGCUGGCAGGAGCAGCCAUGGAGGAAACAUACUUGCUGAAUGUGGAAGGGGUCAAAAAGAAGAUUCUGCAUGGAGGCCAAGGGGAGCUGCCGAAGUUGCAGGAUGGGAGCAAGAUCACCUUCCACUUCCAGACGCUGAAGGAUGACUUUGAGCGGACAGUCAUCGAUGACAGCCGGGAAGCUGGCAUCCCCAUGGAGAUCAUCGUGGGCAAGAUGUUCAAGCUGGAGAUCUGGGAGACACUGCUCAGCUCUAUGAGAGCCGGGGAGGUGGCCGAGUUCUGGUGCGACGCCAUCCACACGGGCAUGUAUGCCCUGGUCUCCAGGGGCAUGCGGAGGAUUGCAGAGGGCCGGGACCCCCUAGAAGGACAAAAGCACCGCUGUGGCAUGGGCAACAUGUUUGACUACCACAGCACAGGCUAUGAUGACCUGGAUGAGCUGCAGCGGACGCCGCAGCCCCUCAUCUUCAUCAUGGAGUUGUUCCGGGUGGAGGAGCCCUCAGCGUACAAGCGUGACACCUGGGCCAUGAGCAAGGAGGAGAAGCUGGCGGCGGUGCCCGUGCUGCACAGCGAGGGCAACCGCCUCGUCCUCCGCAAGGAGUUCGGGCAGGCGGCAGCGAAGUACCAGGAGGCUGUAAUCUGCCUGAGGAACCUCCAGGCCAAGGAGAAGCCGUGGGAGGAUGGCUGGCUGAAGCUGGAGAGCUUGGUCACACCACUGGUGCUCAACUACUGCCAGUGCCAGCUGGAGCUGGGCGAGUACUAUGAGGUGCUGGAACACACAACAGAGCUUCUCCAGAAACACAACGAUAACGCCAAGGCCUAUUUCAAGCGGGCGAAGGCCCACGCUGCUGUCUGGAAUGAGCGGGAGGCACGGGAGGACUUCCUGCGGGUGGCUCACCUCGACCCCUCCAUGGCGGCUGCCGUGAAGAAGGAGCUGAAGCAGCUGGGGGAGAGGAUGAGGAAGAAGCAUGUGGAGGAUCAGAAACGCUACCAGGGGCUCUUCCAGCUGCCCCGGGGGCCACAGGCCAGCAAGGGGCAGGCGAGCAGGGAGGUGGGCGAUGGGGCACUGCUGCGGGAAGAGGCCCCCCAGGGUAAGGUUGGGGUCCCGGAGACCCCUGGGCAGGGGGAGUGGCGUGCAGGGACCGAAGAAGCAGAACAACCAGGGGCUGACCAAGCAGAACAAGGGACCCCCGGGGCUGGGUGUGAAGGGGCAGUGCCAGGAGGAGAAGCAGCCCAGGGGCAGGCUGCAGGGGUGGAGGUGGAAGUGAGGGAUAGGACAGGACUGGGGGAAGAAGGAAACCUGGGCACCUGUGGGGCAGAGCCAGAGAGCAGGAUAGCAGAGAGGGGGGUAGAGGAGGAGGGGGAAGAGGUGGAGAAGGAGGAAGAAGAGGAGAAGGUGGAAGAGGAAGAAAAAGAGGAGAGGGAGGAGGAGAAAGCAGAGGAGGAGAAAGUGGAGGAGGAUGACGAGGAAGAGAGCCCAGCAGCAGAGAGGGAAAAGCUGGCUGUAGCGCAAUAUGAGGCAGUGGGGAGGACAGAGGCAGCAGGGUUCAGGCAGGGACUGGAACAGGGAGCCAGUGGGGCAGAGAGAGCUGGCACAGGGAGCACGGCCAGGGCUGAGCCAGGCAGAGCUCCAGCACCCGGGCCAUCCAGCGAGGAGCUGGGGCCAGCCGAGGGGCCCCCAGAGCUGGAGGAUGAAACACCUGCAGAGGCACUGGAAGAGGGGAGUUGUGGGGAGCAGCCAGCAGGCAGUGGCCGAGGAAAUGCUGGGGAAGGCAAUAUCCCCUUAGACAGCUUCACCCCCAGGGCAGUGCUCCAGGCUGGGCACUCGGAGGCAGAGGAGGAGCUGGGUGGAGGGGCAGAAGUACCCCCCUGCCCCAUAGCAGCCAGGGAAGGGGGUGAUGCACCCCCAGGGCAGUGCAGCGAGGGCAGAGAGCUCGAGGCCACGACCCUGGGGCACGGCCAGCCCUGA